AUUUUCCAUGAUACUGCUCAGCGGGUUCGACGUCGAUGACGAAGUGUUGCUUCUGCAUGCGACUCCCGAGGUCCCUUCACAGCUGCUUCGACGGCCCUUCACCGAUCUGCAGGCAUGGGAUCGAUACGUCCACAAGCACACCCCUCUCAUUGACGACCGCUUGCCGACUCGGCGGUUCAAGACGCUUAUGACCUUAUCCUGGACUCGUCAAGACCUCAUCGACGGCAAACACCUCCACCUGAAAAAAAACGUGUCUCUCUGUGAAACAUGGAUCCAAUCGACGUUUCGCAGGCUUCCUCUGGACAUGCAGCGUGAUUUCAUCGACCCAGAGGCGUACGAGGCGCGCCGCCGUGUUGCUGCCGACCGCGUUGCAUCCACCAAGGCAGCCAAGGAUUUCGGACAGUUCUUUUCUCCGGAUUCAUCCAUCGACAUACUUCUGGACAUCGUGUUCGCGAUCCCAAUCCCCGUGUCCUCGGCUCUGUUCCUCGAACCUUCCUGCGGCAAUGGCAACUUCUUUCGACCCCUCGUCGAACGCGGCGCGAAGCGCAUUCUCGCCUACGAAUUGGAUCCAUCCGUGGCGACCGUUGCGUCUGCCGUUGACGUUCCUGGCACUCAUGUCAUCUGCGGGGACUUUCUGACGUCCACCAAGCCCGACUCGGAUGACGUGAUCGUUGUCGUGGGCAACCCGCCGUUUUCGUCGUCGUUGCAUGAUGACGUGAUCUUGUCGUUCUUCCGACAUUGUGUGGACACGUGGCAGCCCGCCGUCCUUGCGUUCAUUUUGCCCGAUCGGUGUGCGAAGCCGGCGUAUGUCGAGGUGAUUGAAGUGACGUUAUCACGAGGCGGUUACGUCAUCCAUCGCCCCAUCGUGGCAAUUCCAGACAGCCACUUUGACUUUCACGGCCGGCGCAUCAACAAGCCCAGCGUCGUCCUCGUAUGCGUCAAACAAUCGUAAACAAUGGCACCGUACAUACUAUGUGUAGUACAUCCACCACGACGAUGGACUGUGCCUUGCCUCGCUUACUAGGCACACCGUUUAGCAGCAUUGGGCCUGCAUGCUGCUUUGUUCCCCAGAGCACGAAUACAGUAGUAUGCUUCAGUGUGGCUUGGUCCAUAACAACGUCCAUUGCAUGCUGGCAUCACGUCGGAUCGAUUUUGCAUCCGUUGCAUUUUGAAAGUUCAUUCAAUAAAGUACCUAACCUUCGAUAAAGUAUCCAUAAAUAAGUUUGACCAUGA